AUGUCGGCCGGCACCCCGAGCGCCAAGACAAUGGCAACACGCUGCAAUUCACCACCAGACAAGUGCUGGACUUCCUGGUCGAUGAUCCCUUCGAUCUUCAAUGGCUUGACGACGUCGGCCACUCUAAUCUUCUUCAAGAACAACUGGCGGACGGUACCUGGGAACUUUGGCGCAAUCUUCUGUGGCUUCAUGGAGACAUUCAUCUUUGGCGCGGUCUUACCGUCAUCCGGGGAGAUAGCACCGGCCAACAACCUACAGAAGGUGGUCUUACCGGUACCGUUCUCACCCAUCAUGACAAUGAUCUCAGAAUCGGUAAAGUCACCGGCCUGGAUCUUCAAGUGGAAAUCCCCUUGGGUGUACUCCAUACCUGGGUACUGGAACGCACGGGAGGCAUCCUGGACCAACGCAUCGUUAGCGUCGGACAUUCUGAACUGCAAGGACUCGGUUCUAAAACGCAAGUUCUCGGUUGGAAUGUUACCGUCCAAGAAGAUGUUGAUACCUUCACGCACCGACGCUGGCAAGGUGACCACACCGUAG